ACAAGAGGCACAGAGCCGAAUGAGAAGCACACACAUUCCUGCUCCCAAUCUCAGUGACUCUGAGACGAGAGAAAAGGGGGAAGGGGAAAGAGGUCGAGAAAGUGUAAAGAGAGAGAGAAGGAGGGUGGAGAUCGCUGAACAACGCUGCCCCCCAUCCCGAGCUGCCUCAGUUGCCCUGCGUUCACGUGGGAGUCAGUUGGUUGUGGAGUUUAAAGCAAUAUGUGAACGCUGCUGGAGGAAACGUGAGAUUUUAGAGAGGACGCACGUCAUUGGUUCAGCGGAUCGCCCCCCUGGGAAGGAGUUAAUCUGUAUGCCGACUGAAAUGACUGUAAUGUCAUUGCCACACCUCAGGUUGCGUGACCUUUGAGCGUUUUCAGGUCGGCUGCAAAUACAGAAUCAUGGGUAACACAGAAAGUCACAGCAGCAGCCAUGGUUACUAUGGCGAUGGGCAGCGCCACCUCUCCCGUAAGCACAUGUCCCGUUCUCUCCGUCUGUCCAACAAGCAGACAUACUGUUCCCGCCGCACACCGUCUGGAAAACCAGAGCACCGCAACUCCGAAACAAGCACGCGCUCAAGCAGCACUCCCAGCAUCCCUCAGUCGCUGGCCGACCACGGCCUGGAGCCCUUCAAUGACUCAGACAUGCUGCCCGACUUCAGCGGACCCAUAUGGGUGGACCGUGUGGCCAUGAACCUCAGACCCAUGUCCUUUCACAACCAUCCGGCCCAAUCGCCCGCCACGACCCGUAACGUCCCCUCCAAACAGCCUGCGAAGGAGACGGACAAACCACCAGAGGACCAUGCCCAACAGACACGGGACGGUUCUCAAGAGGGCGCCAGCUUUAAAAAGAAACGCUCCAAGUCUGCAGAUAUGUGGAGAGAAGACUCUCUCGAGGUGUCUUUGUCAGAUCUGAGCCAGGAGCAUCUGACCAGCACGGAGGAGAUUGGAGAUACGCCCGAUGAGAAGGACUUUGCAGACUUGCAGUCGUCUCCUCAAGGUCUGGAGUCGAUGGACUCCAACCGUGCCAAUUCUUUAGACGAGCUGUACGGACCAAAGAGUCCUGCCUGCAGGCCGACGCAUGGACGAUACGCCAAAUGGCAUAAGGCCGGCGCUGCAGGUAGAGACUGUGAAGACGAUAAAUUAUUAUCACUGUGUGAAGACGAUGGUGCCGCUUAUGGAGCGUACACACUGCCCUGUCGCCGGUCACACUGUCUGUCUGAGGGACCGACCAAUCAUCAAGGAGUUAUGCAGGGAAGGCGGGCACAAACCAUACAGGAUGUCACGGCAGGAGACGGCAGUGACUACGAGGACAGCGGCAUCGAUGGCCUGACAGGAGAGAGCGAGGCGUCUCAGCACCAGGUGCGGCGCUACAAGACCAUGUCAGUGUCGUUUUCUGCUUACUCCACGUCAACAGGGGGCGCCUUCGCCGGGAGCGACAGCGGGAGCAGCAGCGGUGCGGGGACGGGACCCUCCGAGGCAACACUGGGCGUCUACGAGAACUUUCGUCAGGAGCUGGAGCAGAGCGCUAGUCCUGCGGAGUUGCCCGAGGAACGAAGCUCCGCCUUCAGCGACGAGCAGAGUCAUGUGACCCUGAGCUCCGCCUACCACACGGACCCCCUGCUCACCGUGGCUGCACAGGGCACCGUGCGCAAAGCCGGACGCCUCGCCGUCAAGAACUUCCUGGUGCAUAAGAAAAACAAGAAGGUGGAACUCGCCACUCGCAGGAAGUGGAAGAGCUACUGGGUGUCUCUUAAAGGGUGCACUUUGUUUUUCUACGAGACGGACGGGCGGUCCGGCAUCGAUCACAACAGCGUCCCUAAACACGCAGUGUGGGCAGAAAAUAGCAUUGUGCAGGCCGUCCCCGAACACCCCAAAAAAGAUUUUGUCUUCUGUCUAAGUAACUCGCUGGGAGACUCUUUCCUUUUUCAGACCUGCAGUCAGACAGAGUUGGAAAACUGGAUCACGGCUAUCCACUCGGCCUGCGCCGCAGCCGUGGCCCGUCAACACCACCGUGAAGACACGGUACGUCUCCUGCGAGCGGAGAUCCGUAAGCUGGAGCAGAAGAUCGACAUGGACGAGAAGAUGAAGAAGAUGGGAGACAUGCAGCUGUCAGCUGUAACCGACACCAAGAAGAGGAAGACCAUCCUCGAUCAGAUUUUCCUGUGGGAGCAGAAUUUAGAGCAGUUCCACAUGGAUUUAUUCCGAUUCCGCUGUUACCUGUCCAGCCUGCAGGGCGGCGAGCUUCCCAACCCCAAACGCUUGCUGGCUUUCGCAUCUCGUCCAACCAAACUGGCCAUGGGACGACUGGGCAUCUUCUCCGUCUCAUCCUUUCAUGCUCUGGUGGCGGCUCGCACUGAGACAGGCGUGAGGCGACGGACGCAUGCGAUGUCACGUUCCACCAGCAAACGAAAGAGUCGCUUCUCGUCACUGUGGGGCUUAGACACCCACUCCAAAAGAAAGAGCAAAGCACACCCUACUAUUACCCAGGUUUUUGCAGAAGGUGAAGACCCGGUUAAAAGCCCUAUGGAAGGUCUGUUUGAAGGGUCUGCCAGAGAAUCAACAAAAGAAACCAAGACGCCAGUGAAAGGACUGCCAAGACCCAGCACGGAGCAGGACCUCUGGUCCAAAGACCACCUCACUCCAUCAUGGGUGUGUCUGCCAAAUGAUCAGCCCGUGUUAGCCAUCAUCCAGCCCGGAGAAACGGCUCUAGAUAUGCUGGAAACCAUCUGCAAGGCUCACCAACUGGAUCCCACGAAACACUACGUGUGGCUUAAGUUUCUCAUUGAGAAUCAAGUGCAGUUCUACAUCCCUAAACCAGAAGAGGAUAUUUAUGAUCUGCUGUAUAAGGAGAUCGAGCUGUGCUGUAAGAUAAGGAAGGUGAUCCAGUUUGAUCGAGAUGAGUCGUGUAUGAUUGGAUAUGGUUUCUCUAUAUCUGUUGUUGAAGAGGACGGCAUACAGCAGCUCUACAUCACUGAUGUCAGAGCUGGAGGAUUAGCGUUCGCUAAAGGGCUGAAUGCUGGAGAUGAGAUUCUGCAGUUGAACAGAAAGGACGCUCACACACUGACCUUCAAUGACAUGAAGGUGGCCUUCGCUCAGGUCUCGCUCUCUCUCACCGUCAACACGCUGCCCCCUGUUGACCGCCGACAGCUUUGCUUUCUUCCCCCGAGACGCUCGGAUGCCGUGGACAACCUCUACACGGAUAUCUUCUCGCAGAGUCAGGAGGAGAUUCUUGACGACAGUGUUGGUCUGAUCGUGGAGACGUCAGGAGAUAGUUUAGAGGACGACACUGAGCUCUUCGCUGAGUUCGAUGACUAUGGAAAGAGCACAGAGCAGGUCGCUGCUUUCUGCCGCAGUCUGCACGAGAUGAAUUCUUCAUCCGAGGGCGUCUCUUCCUCAUCCGGACAGGAGUAUUCCUCGCUGCCUCCGAGCAACACCACCCCUCGACAGCUCUCUGAUGCCGACAAACUCCGCAAAGUCAUCUGCGAAUUGGUCGAAACGGAGCGCACCUAUGUCAAAGAUCUGAACUGUCUGAUCGGGCGAUAUUUAACCCCUCUACAGCAGGAGUCCUUCCUCACUCAGGAUGAGCUGGACGUGUUGUUUGGAAACCUGCCCGAGAUGCUGGAAUUUCAGGUGGAGUUUCUGAAGACGCUGGAGGACGGAACCAGACUGGUGCCAGAUCUGGAGAAACUGGAGCGAGUGGGAGAGUUCAAGAAAAUCCUCUUCUCUCUGGGCGGCUCUUUCCUGUAUUACGCCGAUCGCUUCAAGAUCUACAGCGCUUUCUGCGCCAGUCACACCAAAGUACCCAAAGUGUUAGUCAAAGCCAAGACAGACGCGGCCUUCAAGGCGUUCCUGGAAGAACGCAACCCCAAACAGCAGCAUUCAUCCACGCUGGAGUCGUACCUGAUCAAACCCAUCCAGAGAGUGUUGAAAUAUCCUCUUCUGCUGAGAGAGCUGCACUCGCUCACUGACCCGGACAGCGAGGAACAUUACCAUCUCGAUGUUGCGAUGAAGGCCAUGAACACAGUGGCCAGUCACAUCAACGAGAUGCAGAAGAUCCACGAGGAGUUUGGAGCCGUGUUUGAUCUUCUCAUUUCCGAACAGACUGGAGAGAAGAAAGAGGUUGCCGACUUGUCAAUGGGAGAUUUACUCCUCCACAGCAGCGUGACAUGGAUCAACCCGUCCUCCACACUGGGGAAGUGCAAGAAAGAGCCACAGCUGGCCACGUUCGUGUUCAAAACUGCGGUUGUGUUCAUCUGUAAAGACUCCAAACAGAAGAAGAAAAUGGGUGGCUCUCACAGAGCAUCCGUCUCGGGUGAAGAAAGAGACCCGUUUCGUUUCCGUCACAUGAUCCCUACCGAUGCGCUUCAAGUGCGCACCCUGUCGAGCACAGAUGGAGAGAGCGCAGCCGUGUGUGAGAUCAUCCACGUGAAGUCUGAAUCUGAGGGGAGACCAGAAAGAGUAUUUCAAAUCUGCUGCAGCUCUCCAGAAAGCAAGAAAGACUUUUUGAAGACGGUUCACUCCGUACUCCGAGAUAAGCAGCGUCGUCAGUUGUUGAAGACCGAAAGUCUUCCUUUGAGCCAACAAUACGUUCCUUUCGGAGGAAAGCGUCUGUGUGCUCUUAAAGGAGCCCGUCCCGCUAUGAACAGAGCAGUUUCUGCCCCGACUCGCACUCUGGGCCGAAGGAAACUAGUGCGCAACCGCUUCACCAUCGACACGGACAUUGUUUUCGACACCGAACCCGACAGCGACUCGCCAGAUUCCCAGCAUUCCCAGCAGCAGGGCGGAGAUCCGGCCGGAGACACGGACCGCUGGGUGGAAGAACAGUUCGACCUGCAGCGCUACGAGGACCAGGAGCAAGACGUGAAAGAAUCGGACGUUCUGAGCGACGAUGACGAGUUCUGUCAGUCCGCUUUGAGCCCGGACGCAGAAGGGCCGCUCUCCGCUCUCUCGCUGGAGGGGGACACGGCCGAGGAAGAGGAGGAGGAAGAGCAGGGAGGAGAUGAGGAGAGCAAGAAAGAGGUCAAGGACUACAAAUCCCAGCACGCGAAGCUGUCUGACGUAGGAAAGCAGUCUGCCAUGUCGGUGGCCAGCGUAGACGAGCAGGCGGUGUCUGAUGAGGUCAUCUGGGUGCGACGGGACCACAGCAGCACAGAGAACGAGACAGCAGACGAACAGGAAAGCUGAAACACAUUAAGAGAUCAAAUACAAGCUCUCUGCCGACAUCGAGCAGCCAGUAUGUUAGCGAUGCAUGACGACGGUUUCUCCACACUAAUAUUGUGAAUGUUAGACAUUCUUUCUGAAAUAGCUGUAAGAUAUCACGCUUAUCCACCGUAGACACGUCCACACAUUAGAUGAGCUCUAUAUGUGUGCUGUGGCCAAUCAGAAGCCUGGAAAUAAUGUGGUGGUACAAUCAUUAGAUUUAAUCGACUCAUAGAAUUGCACAUGAAACGUUGGCAGCUUCAAACUUUUGACCUCCAUCGUCUGCCAAAUCUUGUUAUUCUUCAUUUUUAAUAGGAUUUUUUUUUAAACGGUUGAAAGGGCUGAUAUUUAUUUAUGUCAUUCAUAUAUAAAAACAACAGCCUGAUAUGAUCUCACAUUUUAAUUUGUGGAAAGUUGUCACAUAUUUGUACAAAGAAGCUGUAAAACAGUUUUUGUUGGUUUGUAUAUAUUUGUCUUUCUUUUCCAUUUGUUUGAAAUGUACAUGCGCAGCAUUCUGACCUGAAAUAGACACGCGAGUGAAAUGUUCAUGAUAUAUUUGAUUUAAUUUAGAUGUGCACAUCUCGGGUCAAGAUAAUGGCAACAGAAUUUGUUUUAACAUUUUUCUAUGAUUGCUUUCUCCGAGCGGAGGAUUUUUUUUACAGUUCGUUCUAGGUCGCUGUGUCCUGUUUACUUGAAUUUUGUUGAAAAAAAAUGCAAUAUGAUUUUUAGCUGAUGGACUGUUCUGUUCUGUUUUUUUAUGGUUUGUUGGGAUUCAGCUCUGCGCUAAUCUGCAUUAAUGACACAUUUUAUAAACCUUCACACUCACAAUUCCUUAAAAGAGAAUCUGAGCCUUUACAUAUAGACCAAAUGUAUACUGUAUAAUUUAUUCUUCUUUUAUGUGUAUAUGACUGCGAGACGAUCGCAGUUGAACGAGUAACAAUGUUUUCAUGUACGAAAACCACAAAUUUGCUAAAUGCAAUCAAGAGAAGCCACUGGAAAAUAUUUUAAUGAUAUAGAAUUCUAAUCGAAAUUGUUCCCAAAUGAGCUAUAGAGACUGCAUUUUUAUUUUGUAAAUAGAGCUGUGGAUUGAUAUUAUAUCAAAUAAAUUUGUUUCGUACUUAUA